AUGGGGGAGGUGGGCUGGCGCCUCACGACGCAGUGGGUGGCGGGCGACGCGGCGUGCAAGGUGUUCCUGCUGCUGCGCGCCUUCGGGCUCUACCUGUCCAGCAACGUGCUCGUCUGCGUCUCGCUGGACCGCUACUUCGCCGUGCUGCACCCGCUCAAGGUGAACGACGCGCGCCGCCGUGGCAAGAUCAUGCUGGUGUUCGCCUGGCUCAUCGCCUUCGCCUGCUCCGUGCCGCAGGUUUCUCAUCAAAAAUUCUACAUGAUUUUUGAAUAUAGCAGUAUUAUUGCCACCCCUGGAGAGAUGGCAUCACAACAAGACAUGUGGCCGAUAGCCGCCGAGGUCAACCACGUGGAGUGCAGCUCAGCUGCUGUUACUGCUCCUAGCUUGCACCCUUCAUCAAAGGGCUGGCUGGCUGGCCAGCACGUGGUAAGUUCCGUGCCUGAUACUGGAUGA